AUGCUCACAUCUAUUAGGAAAAGGCUUUCAUUCACCUGCAAUGUGGGAAACCUGGGUUCAAUUCCUGGGUUGGGAAGAUCCCCUGGAGAAGGGAAAGGCUACCCACUCUGGUAUUCUGGCCUGGAGAAUUCCAUGGACUGUAUAGUCCAUGGGAUAGCAAAGAGUCAGACACGACUGAGCGACUUUCACUUACUUCACUUCACUCAAGGCCACCCACAGGGUAUUCUAAUGCUGUCAAAAAAAAUUACUGAAGCCCUAGAGGGUCUGAGUCCUAUAGGGUCAUUUGAUUCUGUCCUAAACAUGGCUGUGUGGAAAUUUAGAAAGGAAGGGACAGUUCUUCUGCACAGGAAUCUACAUUAA